AAAAGCAUAUAACUAUAUUUUUAACUUACGCGUACAAUAACCGCAGUAACAGGUGGCCUUUAGAGAUGUUUACAAAUUUCCCCAUUCAAUACAUGCAAGCAGUCACGGCUGCAUAGUUACAUCGCAAGCAACCUUCGCUACACGUACUUUAUAUCUGUCCAUUGUUGAUUUAACUUGUUCGCAAUUUCAAGUAUUCAAAAGCAAAUCCUAACGUCGAGUUGAAAUAUCCAACAUCGAAACACGUACUCAAUUAAAAUGCAUAUUCAACACUGUUUUUUGAUCUACUUGUUGGAAAGUCUCCACCACUUUGCUGUGCAUUCCGCUUGCGAGCUUACACCACAAGUGAAGUUUCCUAACGGAAAACAAGAAAAUAGUCGCUUGGAAGGCCUGGUGCUAAGCACCAAGUCAGGAACAGCUUUGGAAUGUUUUGGAAAAUGUGUUCGAAAUUGUCAUUGUAAGUCAAUCAACGUCUGCGGGACGACGUGCGAAUUAAAUUCUGGUAAUCAACGCGACAAAACGCCGAGUAACGACCAAGGCUGUACCUAUUACGAGCUGUCAUUUGAGAGUCAAAACUCGGGUACAACAGGAGGAAGCUGCGCUCAAAAACAAAGCUGUUCGUGCGCAGGUAACCCAUGCAUGAACGGAGGAACUUGCGUUGAGCAAUGUCCAACUGCAUCAGGCAAACGGCAUCGUUGUAGUUGCCCAAAACAUCUUGGAAUUAGAGGUGAACGUUGUGAAGAUCUCCCAAAAAGCUGUAGAUCUAUAUAUGAUGCAAAUCCUGGAAGUCAAUCUGGAGUGUACACAUUGUACGAUGAUCUAAACCAAGCUUUUCGGUCUUUUUGCGACUUCACAUUGGUUGAUGGUAAAGUGUGGACCUUGGUCCAGUCAUUUUCAAGGGGGAAUCGGGUUUAUUACAAGAAAAAACAAUUAUUUAUUAAUAACCCAAGAUCGCAAGCAAAUCCUGCUUUUAACGAUUUUCGCCUUCCUAAGGCAACAUUUACUAGUAUCCAGAAGAACUCGACCCACUUUCGAAUAACAUGCAACUAUGAUCCGCAUACGUUCGCCGAUACGAUCGAUUAUGUCCGUCUAAAAACUAGCACGGUCGACUUUUUAACCUAUAAUAGCGACCAUGUUACUGAUAAGUGCAUUUUGGUGGAAUACUUGAACAUCCGUGGUGGAUCAUGUACUGACUGUACAGUGGCCAUAAUGCAGACCUCGGUAUACAACAUCUACACAAGCGUAUAUGUAAAUUCAAAUUACGGCUGCGACUGGCAAUACCCCAAUGGGCAUGCCACGUGUGAAAAUCUCGGGGGUUACGACUGUUAUAAUAAUAAUUACAGAUGCUCCUCGUCUUCAACAUCAACCUCUAAUACCUGGUAUGGAUCUUAGCGUGCUUCUUAGUAUAUUUUCAUUAUCGAAGGACGUUUGAAUUAUUAUUUCUCAUUUGUUUAAAGACACGAUAAUUUUAUUUCAAAUAUAAUAAAACUUUUCACUUGAAGCAAAUAAUAACAUGUUGCACCGUAUCACAAGGAGCUGGUAGAUCAAUUAUUGCACUGAAAAAUUCCACGAAAAGCGGCGUACAAUCCACUCCAAGUCAAAGCCUGAUGUAUUAAUUGCCUGCAUGGUAUAAAUAUUGCUAUGUUACACACCCUUUGUUGUAUAUAUAUUUUAUUCAUGUAUCUUUCAAAAAAUUCCAAUACUUAUUGAUAGCACUUACCAUAUUUAAUCUUAUAUACAUGCAUGACUAAGAAAAAAAGGAGAUAUUUGCCGUAGCAAAUAAUAAGUUCAUUGCUUGCGUGUAUUAUUCUUAGUUUAUUUGUAGUUUGUAAAUAACGUUAUAGCUAUAUAUGGUAGCGCACGCGUAGAGCAAUGGAGGGAAACUCUUUUUUAACUGGCCUAUCUAUAGAUUUGAGUACAGGGAAACUUUGUUACGUUUUGAUAAACGUGCUUUCCUGAUUUAUUCCUAGCGGAAUGAGAAAGUUCAAGGCUAUUUGCACUUUGUUACAGUUAAGUAAUAUCCCCCUCACGUGCAUGGAGCAUGUUUCACGUGCACAGUCAGCAUACCUAUAUAAAGAGAUCCGAAAGGUUCAAGGUCAUUCUAUAUUUGAUUUCGUCGAAGCAAUUUCGGAAGUUUUCACCCGACCCUCCUUCCCUUUCUCUAGGUUGUGAGCUACGAUAAUUUCUAUGUAAUUAUGAUGGU